CACUUCUCCUGAGUCCGUAGAGAAGAAGAGAAGUAAAAUCACAAUCCAGUUGGGCAUCUCUAGAUAUUGAAUUUCGAUUUCAAUUUUAUGGUAUGAAUUUGAUGAUGGGUUGUUGAUCGAUUUUCACUCGGGAGAGUGUUUACUUUGAGCAAUUGGGCAUCCAUAUGGGGAACUGCUUGGAUUCUGCCGCAAAGGUAGACAACACUCACAGCACUCAGAUUGGUUCUUCUUCGGGGGCCUCAAAAGUAACCAGCAAAACUACCUCAACUUCAGCUGUUUCUAGUCUGACAUUUCCAUCCUACAGUGAAAAGAGCAGCGGUGAAAGUCUUCCUACGCCUAGGUCUGAAAGUGAGAUAUUGUCAUCGCCGAAUUUGAAAGCAUUCUCUUUUAAUGAGCUUAAGAAUGCCACUAAAAACUUCCGCCCAGACAGUCUUCUUGGAGAGGGAGGAUUUGGUUAUGUUUUUAAAGGAUGGAUUGAUAGGCACACCCAUGCUGCCACAAAGCCUGGAUCUGGAAUAGUUGUAGCUGUCAAGAAGCUUAAGCCAGAAGGUUUCCAAGGCCACAAGGAGUGGUUGACAGAAGUUAACUAUCUUGGCCAACUUCAUCAUCCAAAUUUGGUUAAGCUUGUUGGUUAUUGCUUGGACGGGGAUAACCGGCUGUUGGUCUAUGAGUUCAUGCCAAAAGGCAGCUUGGAGAAUCAUCUAUUUAAACGUGGAGCCCAGCCACUAUCUUGGGCAAUAAGGAUCAAAGUUGCCAUUGGUGCUGCUAGAGGUCUAUCUUUCUUGCAUGAUGCUGAAUCACAAGUGAUAUACAGGGAUUUCAAGGCUUCUAAUAUUCUUUUAGAUGCGGAGUUUAAUGCAAAACUUUCUGACUUUGGCUUGGCCAAAGCAGGCCCCACUGGUGAUAGGACUCAUAUCUCCACUCAAGUCAUGGGUACUCAUGGCUAUGCUGCACCUGAAUAUGUUGCUACAGGUCGGCUGUCUGCAAAGAGUGACGUUUAUAGCUUUGGAGUUGUAUUGUUGGAAUUGUUGACUGGCCGUCAUGCUAUUGAUAAAACAAGAGUUGGUGUAGAGCAAAAUCUGGUGGACUGGGCUAAGCCAUAUUUGAGUGACAAACGCAAAUUAUUCCGGAUAAUGGACACUAAGUUGGAAGGGCAGUAUUCUCAGAAAGGAGCCUUCGUGGCUGCGAACCUGGCCUUACAGUGUCUCAGCAACGAAGCUAAAGCUCGGCCACGUAUGGCUGAGGUUUUAGCAAAACUGGAACAAGUUCAAGCCCCAAAGAGUACUUCCAAACAGUCUCAAGUUGAAAAGCAAUUGGCCUCCAAUCCUGUUGUCAAAUCCCCGUUAAGAUACCAUCAUUCGCCUCUCCAUCAACCACGCAGUGGUUCCCCAUUACCAUCCCACCAGCAAUCAGCACGCGUAUGCUAGGCAUGAAAAUUUUCCGCCCAAUCCAUAUUUGAUGUAAAUUACUUUUACCCACCUUGUUUGCUAGUUCACUAGAACCUUGCUUUUGCACAUAUUCUUCUUUCUCAAUCCAUAUGCUUGUUUUUGUUUAUUUUUGCAUUAAAUACUGCAAUCAUGCAUGGCUCUUCAAAAUUAAUGAAAGUUCACUCUAUUUUUUAAAUUUCUCCACUGAAUUGACUAGUUCCUUUGGUUUUGUGGUGUAGUUAACCAUGGUCUCUUCCAAGAAACAGUUGUCUCAUCAUUCAGAUUAUUAGGGCAAUUCCCUAGAUCUACGAGAUAAGAAAAAGAAUUACAAAACAAGUAGGUUUACAAGACAAAGUAAGUGUAAAACAAAGUCAAACCUGCUUGUUUUGUAAUUAAUUUUCUUUAUUUUGUAGAUUUAGGCGAUUUUCCCUA